CGCCUUGGCUGCAGCUCGGCCUUAGGAUAAACCGACAUGUAGGCUUUGGACAUUUGGAAAAUGCUACUUGGACGUUUGCACAUUUUUAUUUAUGUUUGUUUUGUUCGGAAGUCAUUUUUACAUUAAGGCAAUACCCAACUAUGGUUCAGCAUGCAGCGCUGUGCACGUCAAGGAAGGUACAAAUCUUUCUAAGCAGCCAUUGAGGCCUCUGAGCCCGAGACUCCCCACAAGACAUCGCACAGAAUUCCUGCACUAACACCGAGAGCAACUCUCAGCUCCUGAGGAGGAUUAUGCCAUUAUAGCUGACAACUUGAGCUUCCUCAGAGUACGACGGCCACAAGGCAAAGUCAGUCCUGCUCCCGCUAGCACCCAGCAGGAACCAUGGAUGACCCCUACCGCAACAACGUGAGCCAGCAGGCAACAGAAGGUGGGGGAGGUCAAGAUGGCUACCCCUACCAGGCCGACUACCCUCCGCAGGAGGAGGACGCUCGCAGCGACGCCACGGAGGGCGCGGACGACGAUGAGCAGAUGUACGAGGGCGAGUACCAAGGCGUCGCACACCCCGACGAGAUCAAGGAGGCGCGGCAGGCGGCGCGAACGGAGGCCAGGAGGAAAGCCCGUCAGGCUGUCCAGCAGGAAGAGGAGGACAACCUGCCAGAGCAGUACGAGACCAUCAUGGAGGACUGCGGCCACGGGCGCUUCCAGCGGAUGCUGUUCUUCGUGCUGGGCCUGGCGCUGAUGGCCGACGGAGUGGACAGCUUCGUGGUGGGCUUCGUACUGCCCAGUGCGGAGAAGGACAUGUGCAUAUCCAACUCCGACAAAGGACUGCUGGGUCUGCUGGUGUACGUGGCCAUGAUGGUGGGGGCGCUGGUGUGGGGGGGUCUGUGUGACAAGAUGGGGCGGAGGAAGUGUCUGAUCUACGUCCUGACCAUCGACCUGGUCUUCUCCUUCCUGUCCUGCUUCGCUCAGAGCUACGGCUUCUUCCUCUUCUUCAGGUUCUGCUCCGGCUUCGGAAUCGGCGGCUCCAUCCCGAUAGUGUACACCUACUACACCGAGUUCCUGCAGAUGGACAAACGUGGCGAGCAUCUCAGCUGGCUCUGCAUGUUCUGGAUGCUGGGAGGCCUGUACGCCUCUUUCACCGCCUGGGGAAUCAUCCCUCACUAUGGCUGGGGCUUCGCCAUCGGCUCUGAGUUCCAGAUCCACAGUUGGAGGUUGUUCAUCCUGGUGUGCCUCUUCCCUGCACUGGCUGCACUCGUCGGGGUCGUCUUCAUGCCGGAGAGCCCCCGUUUCCUCCUGGAGAGUGCCCGACAUGAUGAGGCGUGGAUGAUCCUGCGACGAGUUCACGACACCAACUGGAAGGCCAAGGGGGAGCCGGAGAAAGUGUUCACUGCGACCAACAUUAAGACACCCCAGACCCAGGAGGACGAGUUCAUAGAGAUCCAGAGUGACACCGGGACGGCCUUCCAGCGCUGGACCGUCAGACACACGACCAUGCUGCAGCAGGUGAUGUCUAACAUCAUGUCCCUAUCCGCCCCAGAGCUCAGACUGCAAGGCCUCUUCCUGGUUAUUGUCUGGUUCUGCUUGGCUUUCAGCUACCACGGGCUGGGAGUGUGGUUUCCGGACAUGAUCAAAUACAUGCAGUAUGAGGAGUUUGAGUCCAAGGUCAAAGUGUUCCACCGAGAAAAGGUUGAGCAUUUCCACUUCAACUUCUCCCUGGUCAACCAGAUCCACCGCGAGGGAGAGUACAUCCAUGACAAGUUUGAAAACAUUGAGAUAAAGUCUGUCAAAUUCGAGGAUUCUCUGUUUGAAAACUGCUACUUUGAGGACGUCAGGUCAACCAACACAUUCUUUGAGAAUUGCACCAUCAAGAACACCGUCUUCUAUAACACAGACCUCUGGCACGAGAAGUUCAAAGACUGUCGAAUGGAGAACACCACCUUCCUCCACCCGAAGAAGGGCUGCCAUCUGAACUUCCAGGAGGAGAACGACAUCGUCAUCUACAUGGUCAGCUUCCUUGGCAGUUUGGCUGUGUUGCCUGGCAACAUCAUCUCCGCACUGUUCAUGGACAAGAUAGGAAGGAUCAGGAUAAUAGGUGGUUCUAUGUUGGCGUCGUCCGCCUGCACUUUCCUGUUGCUGCUAAGUUUCAGUCAAGGAGCUGUAAUAUGUUGGCAGUGUCUCUUCUAUGGCACCAGCGUGGCGGCCUGGAACGGGUUGGAGGUCAUUUCUGUAGAACUCUACCCCUCCUCUAAAAGAGGGACGGCGUUUGGUGUCCUGAAUGGAAUCUGUAAGUUCGCCGCCAUCCUUUCCAGCUCCAUCUUUGCAGCCUUCAUCGGCAUCACUAAGAUCGUCCCCAUCUUCCUGGCCUUCGUCGCCCUCGUCUGCGGAGGUCUGGUCGCUCUCAAGCUGCCCGAAACCCGGGAGAAAAUCCUCUCCUGAACAGCCAAACUCCUGCAGCCCUCCAUCACUGUGUAGCUACGGGGAAAGCUGAGUAUCAGCUUAAACUUAAAUGGAAAGUCAAGGAAGAACGUCCAUGCUGCGCUAACUGUGUUUCUGAGUUAUGAUUAAAAGUGUUUUAAAAAACGGUCUGGUUGCCUAUGUGAACCUGUGGUUGCUUUCUAUUGACUCUUUGACCUCCACAGGCUGCCCAGCAUUUCUGUCACAUCAUAUACAAUUUGUGUUUGUCCUUUUCUUUUUAUCAUUUACUGAACCAUCCUCUACACACAGACACACACACACAUGCAACCCCCCCCUACACACACACACACACACACACACACAGAGAGUAGCAACUUUUGUUUUCUUUGAGGUUUGUGUAAAAGAAAAAUGAAUAUGCGAUGAAAAUGUGUCUGUGCUCGAAAGGUGAUGUAGUUCAUGUUACCAUGUUGUGCUUUGAUUUCAUUCCCCAUUGGAGAAAAAUAAGAGCAAAGAGAGAGGACUUAUAGUCUUAACUUGAAUUGGAUUUGAAGCCCGGUGUAUUGAUGCCGAGGCUCAGCAGCAAUAUUACUGCUGGCGUUGUUGGUUGAAGAAAAUUCCUCUUUCGUUGAGCCAGUCUUUAUUUAUUCUGCACUGUCCUGUGGUGUGUAGUCUUCUGUAGUGCACAUGUAGUUGCUUGGUUUGAGCUUUCUAGACAUAAACCUGGAUUGAUAAUUUUAUUAAAUGUAGAAGUUUAUUUAAUGUUCUUUAUUGAAUCCACUCCUUUUGGUUUCUCCCAGCUGAUCCAAAUCCAACCCGAACAGCCGACCGAUUCUCCUCCUGUUUGCUGUCCUGUCCUCGACUAGGACGUCGUGUCUGUUCUGUAGUGCUGUACUGUAGGUGGUGAUGAUAGCGUACAAUCAGAGUCGUAUCUGUCACAUCUUGUGACAACAACGUGUACAGAAUUGUUCUGUUUGUUUCUUGAUCUAUUUUUUCAUCUUUUUUCGAAAAAAACCAGAAUGAUACAAAACUAAUAACUGAGAGAACGUGUUUUGAUACGAUGUCCUCAUUUUCAUGUUCUGAUGAAGAACAGUUUUGCUGCAUUUCUGACAACAUGUGUCAAGAUUUCUAAAGAGCAUGUUACUUCUUUUUUUGAUGGCAUGACUGAGCUGUGGGUGUGGUUGUUGUCCAAAUGUCUCUGAAUUUACACAAUAGUCUGACUAUAAUACUGUUUGUUGUUGUACAUACUGUAGACCUGUGUAUAUUUGUUGUAAGAUAGUAUCUUCUACUUGAAUAAAGUUGAGGGCUUCUAUUGUA